AUGAGGCCAUCAAUUGUUUCUUUAAGCUCUAAAAUGGGUUUGACCCCAAGGCCAAAAACCGCACAAGUAUUUAGACAACGAAUUGUCUUGGCGAAUGGAGCAUCGUACACGAUUAACACAACCUUACCUCGUCCUUAUAUGGUAUCAAUUAAGGACAUUACAAACAUGCCUCUAAACAACCCAGACUCGUAUGCAUUGUCCUCAAUCAGUGGUCAAGAAACCCGCAGGUCCAAGUUUGAACAGCGCUAUGAAGGGCUUUAG